AUGAAAAAAUAAUAUGGCAAUUCAUUUAUUUUAGACACUUCGAUUGUAACUUAAUUUAAUUAUAUUAGGGAAUGAACAAUACUAUUUACUUGAGUCCUAAUGCAAAAAAUCCUAUGACUAAUAGUUUUUCAGUCAAAACAGAUCUAUAUGAUUAAAAUUUGUAAUGUAAUCUAUUUCUCUUUCUGUCAAUUGUACAUGGAAAUCAUUAAUUAAACAAACUUUUUAUUUAAAGAUGUGGAAACAAAGAUAAGUUUUUGUAAAUGUUUGAUACUUUAUAAUACUCUACUUUACUAACAAAAGUACUUCAGAUAAUUAAUUAAUAUUUUACAGAGACAUAAACAUAAUGUUCUGAGUAAUAAACUAUUAGUAAUAAUAAAUCAUACUAUUCAUCUGAUUAAAAAUAUACUCUUAAAUAAGGAAGUAAUGAAAAGUUUUAAACAAUGAUAAAGAAAAUUGUAACAACUGAUAUAGAUCCUUUAAAAUCCCUUAUUAAUCGAGUUCAAGAAUAAAACUAAAGUUAAUAUUUAUCAUCAACAAAACUCACAUCUACUUCCUAACUUUCAAAUAAGUUGAGUGAGAAAUUGAUGAAAACUAAUAUACUCAAAGAUCAGUUAAAAGAAAAGAUCACUAAAUUGGCUAUGUAAAAUAGUUGCAAUUAUUAAUAUAAAUUAAUCAAAACAGAAUCAGAUGUUUAAUCUUAACCUACUAAUUUCAGAGAUACUCCAAAUUAGACAAUCUCAUAAAAAGAACCAAACUUCCACAAACCGAAUAGAAUCUCUUUUGGAUAAUAGUAAAUGUUUAAUAAUUUAUUAAAUGAUGAUUAGAUUAUUGAGUAAGAAAAUAUAGCAAAUAAUUAAAAACCAUUAAUUGAAUCUUCUCCUACGUUUCUACAUUAAUAAUUUAAAGAUAAUGCUAUCUAAACAUUCGAAACUUAAGGAAAUCUUUAUAAACCAAAAGAUUAUAGUAAUGAUCAUUCUUUGGAUUUAACACAGGAAAAAUCCAGAAGAUUUGAAGGGACGUUUGGUAAAGUUAAAAAUAGAAAUAUUAAAAAUAGGAAAAAAUCAAAUAGUGUUUCUGGUAAUAUGUCACCAUAAAGAAGUGAUAGACACAAUCAUGAAGUUGUUUCAAUUGAUUAAAUUUAACAUAAAAGGAAAAUAAGUAUUAAUAGUGUAAAUAGAAAAUAUAAUAUAUUAACAAAUCAAUAAUUGGAAUGA